AAUUAUUUGUAUUUUAUAUUUGAAAACAUAGAUGUAUACACAUGCUGACAAUAUUUGUUACACUGAACUAAUUUUUCCACCAUCUAGAAAACUUUUGAAAAUAAACCUCCAUAAAAGUUUAAUUAUAUCUCAAGACAGAUGGAUUUAAAGAAACUGGAAAUCUUAAAAAGAAAAAAACAUGGGGAGUCAACAAAAUCGUAUGUCAAAACUGGAGAUAAAAGAAACUGGACAGACUCAUUCAAAACCUCAGAAAUGUAUGAAAAGCAGAAGCUCAGUAGAUAUGAUGAUAAUUCAAGGCCUGUUGCAACAGACAUAGGUCAGACUAGUAGCCUUCUUAGUGAAUAUGUAUUGUUUGAUGAUGAGGAAGACUUAACUACAGAGGUUUCAAAUUACACCACUGAAACAGAAACAAGUGAAAACACACCUUUACCUGCCUCCGUUGAUCAGAAAACAGACUUAAAGAAGACAUUGGAUAUGAAGGAAUCGAAAGAUUUAUUGGGUACUUUAAAUAGUGAGGAAAAGAAAGACUCUCCCAAAAUAUCAGUUUCUGAGCCAAAAAUCACCAUAGCAGAAGCAUUACCAGAAGGGUUUUUUGAUGACCCAAUUAUGGAUGCCAAGGUAAGGAAAGUGGAGUACAAAGAUCCUAUGGAAGAAGAAUGGGAGAAGUUUCAAAAGACUAUUGCUGCAGAAACAAAUGUAUCGCAGGCUAUUAUAGAAGAAGAUUUAGAGGAGAGUAAAGUUGAAAGAGAGAUUGAUGAGAUUGAUGAACAAAUUUAUAACUGGGAAAGGGUAGAGAAGUUACAAAAGAAAAAAGAAGAAAUACUAAGAAAUGAGCAUAGUAAAGAAGACAACUCUGAUGACAACAGUAGUGUAGAUGAGCAUGAAUUUGAUGAGUUCUUGGACUGGCGGUCAAAAGGAGUGUGGAAACUAUAAAAUUUGUAUAAAGAUAAAAUUAUUGAAAAAGUUGAAUUUAUGGAUUUACAAGGAAGAAAUCAUAAAAUGUGCCUCGAUCAGAGGAAAUAUAAUAUUGUGUUCCUGAACACUAAAAUAUCACUAAGAUGCUGUUUGAGAAUGCUAAAUUUUCAUUCUUAAAUUUCAUUAAUUAAUUUCAUGACUGUAGUGAUCAUAAUCUUUGUAGCAUUUUGUUUUGAAGAAGAAGGAUUAAUACUGCUUUUGACCAUCUUCUAUACAUGUAAUUUACUUUAUAAAUUUCAUAAGUUCUUCACUUUACAUUUUCAUAAGAAUUUAAAAAACAAAGAUUAGAAUGUCUCACAUACCUUUGGCAACUCUGUACAAUUUCUGCUCAGGCAUUGCUUUAAACAUAUAUUGUACUUUAUAUUGCUAUAAAUCAUACAUUCACAAUACCAUUAUCAUAUGGAACAGUAGUUUGUAUGUAUUGUAGACAUUCUCUGUUAUGCCCACUUAAUACAUAUUAAACAACUGUUGACUUUACAAUAAACUGCUUAGUUAACCAUAAAACUACAAACUAAAUUAUGGUUAUAUUAGUGUAAUUUCUUUUACUUUUCAAUCACAAAAUAAAAAAUAAGUUGAAGCAUAA